CUCACUCACUCACUCACUCACUCACUCCAUCAUUCACUUGCAGGCUAUCCGUGUAUUACAUGUAUUAAGAUCGUUAGGUGCCUCACAUACGCUAAGUCAGGCAGCAGGUAGUGUGUCCUUCCUGCGAGACUUGGUGGCCAGCUCGAUCCACAGUUUCACCGCUCAUUGUAUACACCCUUGACGUUAGCCGACUCCUAACCUACCUAGACCUAUGUAGGUACAUAUGUAGAGGUCCCUGUGGCAGCACGAUAUGGCCCAGUUCCGGCUGGUCUUUUUGUACCUUCCCCUUUCACACCAGACAGAAGCCACUCAUAUGUAUAGGUUUAUAUACCUAGAUAUAUAUAGGUAUUACCUGUACACAUGUAAUGCACACAUAUACAUGUGCAUACAUACGUGCAUACAUAACUACCUAGGUAGGUGGGCACCCACGUCUAUACAUACCUACCUAUUAUCUAUGCACAUACAUAGGUACCUCUUACAUACCGCAUACACAACCCACACAGAUACACGACCGAAAUAAUAAUUAAAAACACCGCCCUACCAAUCCAAGUGACGGGAU